CAGGUGAGCAGGUGGCGCAGUAAAGCUUUGGGUCUGAAUCCAAAUCCCAACCGGACACCGAAGUGAACCAGGAGCUCCAGGUGAAGUUCCCGCUCAGUCAUACUAGGAGGUGUCAAUCAUCCCACUGGGAGGACCCUGUCGCACACACGGAGUCAUUGAUCAGAGAUGCUGUCCGUUAAUAAAACUCUCUGCAGGACCCUCGGACUGGUACACUGCGUCAGACCGCUGCGUACGUCUUCAGCUGCAAACAUGCCCAUCAAGGUAGGAGAGAGUCUCCCGGCCGUCGAGGUCCACGAGGGCGACCCUGGCACCAAGGUGUCCAUGGACCAGCUCUUCAAGGGGAAGAAGGGGGUUCUGUUCGCCGUCCCCGGCGCCUUCACCCCAGGGUGCUCCAAGACCCACCUCCCCGGGUUCGUGCUGCAGGCGGCGGAGCUGCGGGCUAAAGGCGUGGAGGAGGUGGCCUGCAUCGCCGUCAACGACGCCUUCGUCAUGGCCGCCUGGGGGAAGGAGCACGGGGCCCUCGGGAAGGUUCGGAUGCUGGCGGAUCCGACUGGAGCCUUCACCAAGGCGGUGGACCUGCUGCUGGACAAAGCCCCUGUGGUGCAGGCCCUGGGGAACCAGCGCUCCCAGAGGUACGUGAUGCUGGUGGAGGACGGCGUGGUGAAGAAGGUGAACGUGGAGCCGGACGGCACCGGCCUCACCUGCAGCCUGGCCGGCAACAUCCUGUCUGAGCUGUAGACGGGAGCCGCAACGCUCCAACCCAACUGUUACACAUGCACUUAUGUAGCCUAGCUUAGCCGCCACUGCCGACAAACCCCAUGUUCCCCCCCCCCCCCCCCCCCCCCCC